AGUCAACAACAAUCUGACUGCACUGAACAACUGAGGACGAGCGAGUACUUGCUUAAAACCAAAUGAAAAGUAUUUUUGGAGCUAUUUUUCGAAAGCUCAAUUGUAAAUUGCUAUAAAGAGAACCUUAAAAUAUGAUGGACGGUUUAUAAGGACCAUUGCAAGCACCAGUCUGGACAAAAGCCUUGGGCAAGCUGACAACUGUUUCUAAUCAGGAAUCAUCACCACUAAAUACAGUUCCUCUUUGUUGUGGCAACACAAGUAUUACAUGAGGAUGCCUACUAUAUCUCAUCUUGUUUGUCUUUUAUUCUUGCUAUGUUUUUAUGAAUGUCAUUGCAUGGGGUAUGGCGGCUCAAGAGAACAAUCGUACGAUGAAGACCCAUUUUAUCAGGACUUUCUAAUGCCUGGUGUCCGUCCAACAAAGCCGGAUGAAUACAUAUGUACUGCAAUGUCAAUCCCUGUUGAUGAAAUAUAUAUAGUGAAUUUCGAACCAAAAGCCAGCAUGGAUACAGCUCACCACAUGAUGUUGUUUGGAUGUGAUGCAAUAGAAGAGCACCAUAGUAAUGCAUGGAAUUGUGGUUCCAUGUCGCAAUGUUCUAGAUCAUCGCAGAUCUUGUUUGCUUGGGCAAGAAAUGCUCCUGCCCCUUCCAUCCCUUCUGAUGUUGGUUUUAAAAUUGGAAGGAGAGCCAAUAUAAACUUCCUUGUACUCCAGAUUCACUAUGGAAAUGUAGAAGCCUUCCAACAUGGAAGCAUUGAUAACUCGGGUCUAACACUUACCUUGACAACACAGAGUCAACAGUAUUUGGCAGGCAUCUACUUACUCUUCUCAGGAUCGAUAUCCAUUCCUCCUCAUGCUGAAAAUAUUCAUACAGAUAUCGCUUGCGAAUACCAGCAUUCGGUCCCUAUCCACCCUUUUGCUUUCCGCACCCACUCCCACGAUCUUGGACGUGUCAUUACUGGUUAUCGCAUUCGUAACGGACGCUGGCAGGAGUUGGGAAAAGGCAACCCAAUGUGGCCUCAGGCAUUCUAUCCAAUGGAGAGAGAAUAUGAAAUUCAAUAUGGAGAUAUUCUGGCAGCAAGGUGUACAUAUAGUUCAACUAGGGACACUUACACUAAGGUUGGACCAACUGGGAAAGAUGAGAUGUGCAAUUUUUACAUGAUGUAUUAUACGGAUGCUAGUCAAGGUUUCUCUUUUGGUGAGUGCAUGGAAAAAGAUCCUGAUCUCUUCAAGAACAUUCCACCUGGUUCCGACGACCCUCCACCAGAUCCAAUCGGAUUCAAUUCAGAAAUGAUAGAAAGCCAUGGCCAUCACCAUGAUCCGGAAAUAUCCAUACUAGAUUACGACCACGCUCAUGACCUUCCGGAGAACUCGCAGGAACAUGCUGAUUACCUUCGAAGCUCAUUUGACGGAGCGGAUUUACAGGAAACCACUCCAAUGAGUAAUAACGAGAAUAAUGCUACAGAAUCAGCAAAUGUAACUAAUGAUGAAAACUUGAGGAAUUCACAGGAUCUCGCCAACCAAGAGGAUACACCUGCAAGUAAAUCUAAUGAGCUGCACCAGGUUAAAAAUUGGCUUGGAGAUGGUAUUAAUUUCGGCCAAGUAGCAGGCGUAGAUGUCGAUACCCAUGGUGACGUGCAUGUAUUUCACAGAGCCAACAGAGUGUGGACUUCUAGCUCCUUUGACGGUGAUGACAAUUUUUUGGGCAAAGGUGCUAUAACUAGCGAUACGGUGGUAGUGCUAGACAAGGACACAGGCAAAAAGAAGCGUUCCUGGGGAGCUAAUCAAUUUUACAUGCCACAUGGCUUAACAAUUGAUUAUGAAGGUUACAUUUGGGUAACAGAUGUAGCACUGCAUCAGGUCUUCAAAUACCCUGCAGAGGGUGGCGACAAAGCCAUACUGACUCUGGGAGAGCGACUCAAGCCUGGUAAAGACAGGAAACACUUUUGCAAACCCACCGAUGUUGUAGUCGAACCUGACGGUUCCUUUUUUGUUGCUGAUGGUUACUGCAAUUCACGUAUACUGAAGUUUUCCCCUGAUGGGACAUUGCUUAUGGAAAUAGACAAUGCUAAUUUGAAAUCAAUUAUACCUGCAGUAUUCCAAAUUCCUCAUAGCUUGACUUUGGUACAUGAAAAAAACAAAGUAUGUGUUGCUGAUCGUGAGAACGGACGCAUUUUAUGUUUUGAUGUUAAUACUGGUGAGCUCCAUAAUGUCUUCCGGCCAAGUGCACAUGUUUUCGCCGCAGAGUAUAGUGGACGUGAUGGUGGUAUUCUUUAUGCUGUGAGUGGCCCCGAACAAACAAGCUCACCCAAAGGCUUUAGUAUAGGCUUUGAAGAUGACUCUGUGUUGCAGACAUGGUCACCUUAUUCGGGAUUUAGUCAGCCUCAUGAUGUUGCAGUGUCUCAUGAUGGCAGGUCUGUGUACGUUGCUGAUCUUGGUGCUCAUCUUGUUUUUAAGUUUGUGCUUGACUUGGGUAUUCACGAAACCGACAAGAAGAGCGCUGCUGGCUCAUUACCAGGAAACACUCUUGAUAAUGAUGCAGUCAUAAACAAAAAGAACAAAAGUCCGGUGAUGUCAAAAGCAGCGAACGCAGCAACUGCCAUUGUCGUCUGUAUCCUGAUCGUGCCUAUUGUCUGUAUAUUCAUUGUAGCGAUUUUUGUACGACUCCGUGACCAAUGGCACGGCGGAAUGGUAAAAGGAUUCCCACGUUACAAGUCCACCCAGGACAGAUUUAGUGUUGGUAAUUUCUUCAACAAACGCAAAGGGUUUAACCCAGUAACGACAGAAGGAAGUGAUCUUGAAGAUGAUGGUAGUUGGACCGAUGGCUCAGAUGUAGAGGAGUACAGUAGAUUGACGGGUAUCAGAGCACAAAAUUUAUAAUUUGUAUGCUCCAAGUUGGUUUUUGUAUUAGAUUAUUAUUUAGUUAGGUAGAGGAAAUAUAUUUAGAAAUUGAAAGUAAAAUUAUAUACUUGAUGUUCUGUGUAUAUCUUAGAAUCUGUUCCGGUAUAUUUUUGUAUUUGUGUUAUCUUUGUCUAAUGUAUUUAAAUUAUUAAUAUAAUUCUUGGUGUUUAAGAUGUGAAAAUAAGCUGGUCAUGUGUUUUGUUUAUUUUCACACUCAAUCACAUAGAGACCUGUAUUCAAAUUUUGAAAUUCUAUCCAUUCCUCAUAUACCAACUUUUCUCUUAAGGGUUUGGAUGGUACUUAGUUUCAGGAAAUUGACACCUUUGUUCAUAUUUGUACUUACUGUGUAUGAAUAUUGUCUAUAAAAAUGUUUAAAAAUUAUAUUUAUUUUUUAUUUGUUUUCCAUGUACUGUAUAAAUUGUAAGCUUAAAAAACCAACAGAAAAACAAGGCAUUAAAAAUACUCAACCAGACAUAAUGUACAUACUGCUAAUGGUCCUCAGUGGCGGAUCCAGGGAGGGACUCUCAUGGAUGGAGGAUCUAUUUCACCUCAACCCCACCUGAUUGAGGCUGAGGUAAACACAUUUAUAAUUAUGGCAUCUCUUAGAUUGAAAGUUGGAAUAUCAUUUUCUUGAAAGUUUACACCCCCCCCCCCCGAAUCUGCCACUGGCCAUAUUUCUGCUUAUCUAAUCCAGAACCGGGGCCUAGAUUAUCAGAUAAAUUUCCCAUAAUAAUGGACACAGCCGCAAAGGGAUUAAAAAUAAAGCUUUUUACCGAUAAAGCAGUGGGAAAACACAAGGAUUUAAAACAGACGUUGGCUAUUAUUAUUAUUGAAUGGGGAAAGACAAAUAUAAAAGAAAUCUCAGCGAUAAAACUACGGUGAUGAUGUCUAGUCUGCACUAGUCCUAACACGACCAAGGUAAAAACCGCUCAUCGUUGUGGCUUAGGCAUCUAAAACAGUCAACCUACAGUACUUAGAUUAACAGUUAUAUAAAGUAUACUUACAGUAUAUUAAAUUAUUCUUUAGUCUGAUUAUGGAAAUAUAUUAAUUAUUUAAAAGGUAGCAAAUCAUGUUCUUAAUGUAGGUUCGUGUAAAUUUGAAUAGCAUUCAUUUGAGACACAUUUGUUACAAUGAGAUGAGCUGUAUAAUUUUAAUUAAAUCAAUAAAACAUAGGACACUAGAAUAUUCAUAUUAAUUUAUGUGACAGAUAUGAAACUAGCUGUCACAUACACAGCAAUUGUCUUCAUGUUCAAAUGAAAGAUAUAAGUUUUACAAUCAAUUGACUUGAUGCAAAAAUUCAAUCAUUUAAAAACAAUACCAUACAUAAUAUAUAAAAGACACCAUUAAAGAUAUCAAAAUCUACUGCUAUCACAUCCGAAGGCUAUACAUAAUAAAACAUACAGAUUAUUAAAAUCUUUAGCAUCUGCCACUGGUAUUAUAGGCAAUUUUUAUUUUUGAAAUAUUACUAUUAAACCUUUAAUUUGGAGGAAUUUGUUUAAAACACAAUUACGAUUUUGUUUUUUGGGUUUCAAGUUAUAUACUGUACAUUUAUUAUGUUUGUCCAUUUUUUGUUUUCAAUGGUAUAAAAGUUAUGAGCAACUUGGCACCCAGGUCACAUAUUGUAAUUUUUAGGCCUUUCAUGUUUUUUAGGUUUUUAUUUUUAGGGAUAAAUAAGAAAUAAGGGAAGAAAUAAAGGAAACAAUGAGAAGAACAACGAUAUUUUUAUGUUUUGAAAUAAUUUGGUACAUUCAAAGUGAAAUAUAUUUGAGGAAAAUGUGCUUUAUGAUGUAUAUUUAUGGAUGUUUCCAAAAAAAAAUCAAAAUGUUCUGUAAAUUUCGCCAACAGGCGUUUUAAACUCUGAUUUAAAUUACUAGUAUACAAACAAUUAUGGCCACAGCAACAUUUGAUUAAUAUGUGAAAAAUUAUUUUUUCCUAAAUGUCAUCUUCAUGUUUGUAUGCAUAAAACAUAAUACAAUGAUUUUUUAGACUUGUGUGAUGUUUUACAUAGUUUAGUCAAUGUAAUAAGGAAGGUUGAGAUACUACUUACAGCAUAACCAUAGUAAAGUGUUUCCCUGUUGAUUUCUUCCAUUGUAUACCAAUAAUUUUCUUUCCAGAAUUCACGUCCUUUUUGCAUAUGCCAGUGGCAUUUAACUGUAUUAUUCAUAAGGUUACGUCUUGUUUACAUAUUUCAUCAACUAUAAUCAGAAGAAACUCGAAUGUAAAUUUAAUUGGUUUAUGACAAUAGAAUGGUGAAUCUAUAUUAGGCUUAGAUUAUGCAAUCUUCACCUUUUCUGGAUUUUAAGGCGGCCAUGUUUUUCUCCUCCUUAUCUGCUGUUAUUUUCUUCUCCACGCUAGCAAGCCAUGGUUAUGAUAAAAAAAAAAGGCGAAAUAAAUGAAAUGAAAUGAAAUGGUCACUGUGAUAUAACUAGUGUUAGCCAGUGUAAAUUUUGAUACAUAUCUGUAGCUAUCAGUGACGACGUUGUAUCCCUUAUGUUAUUUUUAACACAGUUCAUAGAUACAUAGGGUACCUUACUAUUCUGCGCUGUAAAAACAGACAGCUGAUAACCAUUGCUGAAAAAAAUGUUCAGAAUUUAUAGAAUCGAUAGAAGGCAAAAAAAUGUGUAGAUAUUUUAACUAACUUAAUAUGAUAUGAAAAUUAUAUUUGUGAAACAAUGGUGUCAAUUAGGAAGCAUUACGAUUAUCAUUGAAGAAAUUUGAAAUUAAGAAAAUAUUUAACAUGUAUAUAUUGUAGUUAAAUACAUUGUAUAGAAAAGGAACAGAUGUACUUUAUUAGUCAUUCAUUAAUGUUGUGAAUAUGAUAUUAAAGUGCAUGUGUGUAAUUUGUGUAUUAUAUUUAUCGUAAUUGGAAGCGUCACUCUCGAUGCACCGUAGGAGGGUAUUCAUUAGAUACGCUAGCAACUUUAGUGUGCGUGAAACAGUGCGUAUGUCAUUAAAUGCUUUAAGUUAGAAGAUGGUAAGGCCUGGUUUUGAUGGAACUGCAAGCAAAAUGAUAUGUCAAACCUAUUAUAUCCUCGUCUAUUAGCCCUUCAGGUAAUUAAUUUAUGUUUAGGUGUCAUCAGCGUGCAAUUGAUCAAGUUUUGAGUUUACGUUCUGUAUCUACUCUGCUUUUUGGAAAUGUAUUCACUGGCAGCACUAAAUUGCAACCCAUUAUGUCUUUUUUUAAUGAUUUUUUAAUAUUUUGUAUAUUGUGACUGAACUAUCGAAGUUCUCGUCAUGUAUUUUUGUUCAAAACUUGAGCGUGAGGCUCUGCAUUUUAACCAAGUUUGUUUAAUAAUAAUAAUAAUAAUUUUGGCUUAUAUAGCGCUUUAUGCUAAAGCCUCAAUGCGCUUAACAAUAAAAAUAAAAAUGCUAGGAGAAAUUUAAGAAAAGUACAUGUUAAAAAGGUGAGUUUUUAAAGCUGCCUUUAAAAUCAUAAAAAUCAUAGCAUUGCUUUUAAUGCGGGGUAUUUUGCAAAGUGACAGUCUCCCUCAUAGGUAAAAAUGCUGAAUUUCAUGCCCACUUGCAUCCAUCCAUCUCUGUCAUUUUAAAUGUAAACAUGCUGAUGUAUACACAGUGGCAUAAUGGUGGGGCCGGGGCUCUGUGGCUUUUUGAGAGUGGAGCCCUUUUUUGCCCCGGUUGCCAAUUCCAUUGUGGGAUUUUUCGUUGUGCUGUUCUUUUAAUUAUGUUUGUCAUUGCAUUCUAAAUGUUUUUAAAGACAAAAUAAAUUAUAUGAAAUGAGUGGCAAAUCCGGGAAUGUUUAUAUAUAUAGGGCCCAGGGAGAGAAUUUCACUGAUAAAGGGUCAAUACCACAUGAGUCCCACCAUGGUUGGGGCUGAGGUAAGUAAAUGUAUGAUUACAUCCCCGAAAUGGCUGGAUAUGGCACUCAGACUUACAAUUAAAAAAAAAUUAAGGGCCCAUUUAAAUCGCUACUGGAUAUAAUAUGAUAUACAGUCGAUAUACGAGACACAUUCUGUUAUGUAACAACAGAGCCCUUUUGGGUCAGGGUGAUAGAUCAAGGACCAUGUGGUUAGGGGUCCCUUCGAUGGCCAUAGGAGUCGGGGGCACUACGGACCGUCGCACAAGAGCGCAUAGGCGUUACGCCACUAUGUAUACACCUGAUUUUAAAAAUAUUGCAGCCGAGCCUCAUCUCUGUAUGUUCAGUGAUUAUCAUAGAGAUAUUUAUCAAAAAGUUUUAACAGUUUUAUUUAUCAUAGUAAUUUUAGUCUAACAUUUUUCUUUAAAUCAAGGGUUUAAUUUCAUUAUUACAAUUGUUGUGUAAAAAGCAUGAAAUAAAUAAACGUGUUUUGUAUACAAAA